AUGGAGAAUCUAGAUGCCAAGCUUGUCACUAUGUUGUUUCCUGAAGAAGCUUUCCUUCAUCUUAUGUCGUUGGCCCCGUUUUCAGGAUCCCAACAGCACAAGACAAAGGCCAUCGAUACCGACCUCUUUGACGACCAAGAGCUUUGCGAUCCCAAGCUUCCCUUUCCCAGCGAUGCGAUCUUUGUGAACUUCUUGGCGGCCAAAGUCCUUUGCGCCAACAAGCUCCGGGAAACACUGCAGAUCAUCUCUCGCACUGCCCUGGAAGUGGCGGCUUCUAACUUGGAGCCGCUGAUAGAGAGACAGCGCACCUUGAGGAUGGGCCUGCAAGACUGUGGAGCGUGGCUCUUGAGCCUGGAGGCCAGAAAAGUUCAAGCUGCAGAGGCUGAAGGCAGCGCAGUGUUCGCGCCAAGAUUCACCCGAGUGGUGAGGCGCUUGGAGCUUUCUGAGAAGGAGGUCCGUGCUUUUGAGCACAUUUUGGUGCUGCAGUGCCUGCCAGAGAAGCUCCGUGAGCUGAAAGGCUGUAUGGAACUGACGGCUUAUGCCAAGCUCAAUCCCAGCGAGUUCGUGCACUUCGCUUCAAAAAGCCGUGCUCACCUGAAGCAAGGCAUCAUCACCGAAGUCUCGCUGGGCUACGCUGCCGAUCCGGAUAGGCACUUGGAGGAUGAGCCCUUGGGCCAUGCCUUCUUCAGCCCGGAAUCCGUGAAGGCCCUCACGGGCGCUGAGCUCUCGCCCACGGAGCGCCUGAAAGUGGAUGAGGGUGCGCUGGCAGAAGUCCUAAGGGAAGAGGGCAAGGACGAGCUCGAGGUGAGCCAGGGGGAGCCAGUGACCACGGCCCAGAAGCGGCCAAAUGAGAUAGAGGUCGAGAGCAACAAGAAGCUGAAGGUCGACCCUGAGCUCAGCCAGAAGCCACCGCCAGCGGAGGCUGUGCCGCCGGAGGAGGAGGAUCAUCCAGAGGAUUUGUUUGACAUCAUCAGCUCGGAGCGGCUGAGGGAUGAGGAACGAGCAAGAGAAGCCGAGGAGAAGGACGAAGACGUUCAAGAAGAGGUUGGGAAACUGACGGCGUACAAAACGGACCUGGAAUACUUGGUGGACGCCGUGGAGUUGGUCUCCCGGAAGGGCCGCUUGUACCAGGUAAAGCAGAAAUUGGAAGAAAAGAAAAGCUCAAUUGAUGAGGAUGAGCAGGAGGACACCUAUCCCAGCUAUCCAGAACCUCCCUGGCCGCGUCGCAGCGACGCGGGACGGGAGCGGAGGAAGGUUGGGUGUGGCAGCUCUUGA